GAUGAACACAAAAAACAAAACGUAUAAGGGUUGAUCCUAAAACCGUAAGAGUUUUCGAUCCCUCCGAAGCAGAGAACCAAAUGGCGUCGGACAUUCGAUGCUUUUAUUUGAUUCUCUUCGCCUUCCUCACUGCCUUCGCCUCUUCAUCCUUCAUUUCCGAUGAUGACUUUGAAUCUCGUGGAUCGACAGGCCGUACCCUCCUUCAGGCCAAAGGAGCUUGUUCUGUAAACUUUGAGCAACAGAACUACACAAUCAUCACAAGCCAGUGUAAAGGACCCAAUUACCAAGCCACUCCAUGUUGUAAUGCCCUCAAGCAAUUCGCAUGCCCUUUCGCAGAUCAGAUCAAUGACGAGAAAAGUGAUUGUGCUACAACCAUGUUCAGUUACAUAAACAUCUACGGGAAAUACCCACCUGCACUGUUUGCCAGUUUGUGCCGUGAAGGGAAGGAUGGUCUCAAUUGCUCUGCUGCUGAAACUGAAGCUGCCAAAAAUGCUAUCGCCAAAAGUGGUGUUCCACCAAAAUGUACUCAAUCCCUCAUGCUGAUGCUCACAGCUGGAUUCUUGAUGUCACUAUUCGUGUUGUUUUGAAGGAUGAUUUUCCAUCGAAAACUAGUGUGCCUGUAUCAAUCUGCUCAUUCUUUUUGCGGGUUUUUCUUUUUCUUUUUUUCAUGAAAUUGUGAUUGCAUCAAAGGUUAUAUAUAUCUUCUUGUGAUGUCUUCAAAACUCUUCAUUGUAAAGUUGGUAUUCUUUAAUUGAAACUGACCAAAGAACAUUAUUUAAUUAUCCAUUUGUUUGUGUUCGACAUUGUACCCUUCAAACAUUAUUGAUGAUUUUCGCUCUUAGGUACCCUUUAUUGGCACGUGGAAAAUGUUUUUUUUUUUCCAAUAAUACCUAUGAAUAAAUAUCAAAAACUUGAGUGAGCUAAAAUUGCAGCAAUAACUCUUUGUAGAGAUAGGAAAAAAAGGACUACACAAUUGAUCAAUGAGGCCCAACACCAUCUUUACUGUUUAUGACAUAUUAAAAGUAUGGGGGAGUCACGAACCGGUCUAUGGACCGGUCUUAUUAGCCAACAAGUCUUACUCAAAAAAAUCAAGUAGUGUUUUUCAUUUUUACCUCUAGACUCAACACUGUAAAUUUAUUAUUGGUUUAAACAAAUUUAUCACUAGUUUAAACAAAUUUAUCAUUGGUUUAACACUGAUUAAAACAAAUUUAUUACUGGUUUAUCACUGGUUUAAACAAAUUUAUAACUGAUUUAUCAUUAGUUUAAACAAAUUUAUCACUGGUUUAAACAGAUUUAUCAUUGGAAUCUUCCCUAAUAUACACAGAGAGAGAGAAGACCUAGCGGCAAAGAGCCUAGAGCCUAGAUCUAGAGGUGGAGGCGACGACGACUAUGGAGGUGGAGGUGACGAUGACUAUGGAAGUGGAGGCGACAAUGGUUGGCAACGACGGUAGAGGUAGAGGUGAAGACGUCGUGGCGGUGGAGGCGAAGACGUCGGUGGAUGUG